CUGGUCAUUGCGGUAUCCCGGAGCAGAUUGUGAACGGCCAGGCGAUAGGGGAGAACUUUGGCUACAGAGACACCGUGGUCUACCAGUGUAACCCUGGCUUCAGACUCAUUGGAUCCUCGGUACGCAUCUGCCAGCAAGACCACCUCUGGUCCGGACAGCUGCCGCUUUGUGUCUCAAUCACAUGUGGCCAUCCAGGAAGUCCCAUCUAUGGGAGAACUACAGGGGAUGGAUUCAACUACGAUGAUGUAGUCAGCUUCUUCUGUAACCAAGGCUACGUACUGGAGGGAGUGGCCAGAGCCCAGUGCCAAGCGAGCCGCCAGUGGAGUCAACAGCCUCCUACAUGUAGAGUGGUGAACUGCACAGACCCAGGCAUCCCGGCUAACUCUAUCAGGGAGAGUAAGAUAGAGCACGGUAACUUCACACUGGGCAGUGUGGUGUUCUACACCUGUAACCCUGGAUACUACCUGUUCGGUUCCUCUGCACUGACCUGUCAACCUAAUGGCCACUGGGACAAACCUCUACCUGAAUGUCUUGAGGAGGACUGUGGGAACCCUGGCUCUCCUCCCUACGGUACCAUGGUUGGGGACAAGUUCUCGUUUGGCUCCACGGUGCAGUACUCCUGUUCAGGGGACAGAGAGCUGAUUGGAGAGUCAUCACUCACCUGUCAAAUCAAUGGACACUGGAGCGGCCCCAUACCUCACUGUUCAGGAGACUCUGUAGGCAGCUGUGGGGACCCCGGUACACCCGUCCACGCCAGCAGAGAGGCCAGCAACUUCCACCUGCGUAGUAAAGUCCGCUUCACCUGCGCUGUGGGCCACACGCUGUACGGCUCAGCUGAGAGGAUCUGCUUCCCCAACGGAACCUGGUCUGGGAGACAGCCCUUCUGCAAACCGGUGCACUGUGGUAACCCGGGGACCCCUGCUCACGGCAGUAUUUUCCGGGUCGACGGUACGACCUUCACCCACUCUGUAGUCUACUCCUGUAUGGAUGGAUACCUCCUCUCAGGCACGCCCAGCAGACACUGUCUGGCCAACGGCACCUGGUCCGGCACAGCUCCCAACUGCACCAUGAUCAGCUGUGUAGACCCAGGUGUUCCUGCUAAUGGUCUGAGGUUUGGAGAGGACUUCACCGUGGGCCAGAACGUCACCUUCAUGUGCCAGCCUGGCUACCUGAUAGAGGCAGGCGGGGACACAACUCGCACCUGUACCCACAAUGGCACCUGGAGCGCCAUCACACCCAUCUGCAAAG